AUGGCACCCGGCGAGUCGAAAGAUGAACGCGACGAACGAGUUGGUCGGCUAUGGGAAACGUUGGAUACGCGCAAAGAGGGACAUGUUGACUUCAACGGGUUAAAGAAAGGGUUGAAGAAGAUCGAUCACCCGUUGAAAAAUGCAGAUGGCAUGCUUCGCAGCAUCCUGCGUGAAGUUGACACCAACGGCGAUGGCCACAUAGACUUCAACGAGUUCCAAGCUUUUAUCAACCACACCGAGUUAGGCCUCUGGCAGAUGUUCCAGACUAUCGAUCACGACCAUAAUGGGGAGAUUGACAAAAUUGAGCUGCGUAAUGCGUUUGCAAAAUCUGGCGUAACAGUAUCAAGCUCAAAACUGGACGAAUUUUUCGCCGAGGUGGAUAAAAACAAUGACGGAGUUAUAUCCUAUACCGAAUGGAGAGACUUCCUCCUCUUCUUACCUCUCCAUUCUCCAUCCGACCUUCGAGCAGUCCUCUCAUACUACAGUUCGACAGGAAAUCUGAACCCGGAAGGCGACGUCCAUAUCAAUGACCUACAGGGUUUAGGUACAGACCACUCGUUUCUUAAAAAUUGUCUCCCGACUGCUACCACCAUUUUGUACAAUAUUCUCUCACUCCCUUUUGUGGCUUCCCUCCUAUCGUCAGCCAGCGCGCAAACCAACCCAGCUGCUGAUAUUUCUCCAAUCCUUGGAACGGAAUUGGGUUUGGUAGACGCUGACCUCGAGCUGGAGUGGCUGCCCAUUCCCAAAACCACCGCCAUGUUCUUGUCUCUCCGCUAUUAUGAACGGAAGUUGACCGAGAAUACCCCUCAACUAGGUUACUUCGCUGCGGGUGGAAUCGCUGGUGUUGUAUCCAGGACGGCUACUGCGCCCCUCGACCGUCUCAAAGUCUAUCUCAUUGCCAAGACUGGCGUGAAGAAACAUGCCAUCUGCGCCGCAAAAGAUGGCGCACCCCUCGUCGCUGCAGGAAACGCCUCGAAAACCCUUGUUGACGCUCUGAAAGAACUCUGGAAAGCCGGUGGAAUUCGCAGCUUGUUUGCAGGAAAUGGGUUAAAUGUUGUGAAGGUCAUGCCAGAGUCUGCAAUCAAGUUCGGAGCCUACGAGUCCGCCAAACGUGUUUUUGCUGAGCUGGAAGGGCACGACGAUCCAAAACGUCUGAAGCCAACAUCGCAAUUCUUGUCCGGUGGUAUUGGUGGAAUGGUGGCUCAAUGCUUUGUUUACCCGCUUGAUACUUUAAAGUUUCGCAUGCAAUGCUCCACCGUCGAAGGCGGGCUAAGGGGAAACAAACUAAUCAUCGCAACUGCCAACAAAGUGUGGAGCGCCAACGGAUUGUAUGGCUUCUUCCGCGGCCUGCCGCUCGGACUACUUGGAAUGUUUCCUUACGCCGCAAUCGAUCUCACCACCUUUGAGUAUCUCAAAAGAGCUCUCAUUGCCCGCCAAGCGCGUCUGAACAAGUGCCACGAAGAUGACGUUUCACUCAAUAACUUUUUCACUGGUGCUAUUGGUGCUGUCAGUGGAGGUCUGAGUGCCUCGAUCGUCUACCCCUUGAACGUUCUUCGCACUCGAAUGCAAGCUCAGGGUACUGUCUUGCACCCUGCCACAUACAACAGCAUCGGCGACGUCUUGCGCAGAACCCUCGAAACAGAGGGACCUCGUGGUCUCUACAAGGGACUCACCCCCAACCUUCUCAAAGUCGCACCGGCAGUUUCCAUCAGCUACGUGGUCUACGAGAACUCAAAGCGAAUGCUCGGCUUGAAAUAG